AUGGGGUUCAAUAUGAGUGAUUUACCUACCAAGACAGUUGGUAGUGAUACUUUCAUUGAUAACGAGCUUGUUCUGCAUGCUGAAGUCUGGGUAGAUCCAGCUACAGAUAUACCACUCACGAUUGCGAUAGUCGUCAAGGGGAUUGGCUUGUUAUGGGUUGUAUGGUCUGCUGGGCUUGAGAACUGGCUAAAUAAAUCAAAAAUAACAGUCUCUAUCAGACAAGGUACUGUUGGGACAAAGCUUGAUGAAGUAACCAACAUUCCCCAGAAGUUCAUUGAAGAAGCCAAGGUGGAUUCUGACUUUAUCUAUACAAGGCGAAAUAAACUGUGA